AUGCAGUUUCAAACAGAAAAGAAUAUGUACAAGGAAGAUUUCAGGAACAUGAUUGAAGAGAAUAGGAACAGCAGUGACUCCUCCUCUGCCUUCACUCACACCAACACCAUGAGUGCCAUACUGAUUACUGCCUACUCAGUUGCCUUUGCUGGAGGUGGGAUCGGGUCCAUCACAAUGUCGUUUGUGCUGGUCAAGAUGAACACUCUGUCCGUGACCACUACAGCCAUCAUUAACCUGGUUGUUGUGCACAGCCUCCUCCUCUUCACGGUGCCCUUCCGCCUGCACUACUAUGUCAACAAGAAGUGGGUAUUCAAGAUGGCAUUUUGCAAAAUGGUGAGUGCAAUGGUGCACAUCCACAUGUACCUGACCUUCCUAUUCUAUGUGAUCACGCUGGUGAUCCGGUGGCUCAUCUUCUUUCAAUGGAAGGACAAGGUGGAGUUUUACAGGAAGCUGCACGCCAUUGCGGCAAGCACUGCCGUGUGGGUCUUUGUCAUGGUCUUUGUUGUGCCAGUCUUGUUCUUUGAGUAUGGACGCUCAGGCUCAUACAAUGAUACAACAUGCUUUAAGUUCCACAAAGAACUACAGCAGGAGAGCGUGAAAUCCCUGAACUACACCAUAAUUGUAGCUGUCGCCUGCAUUACUUGUGUCCUCUUGGGCCUGCAGAUUUUCAUCCUGGUAAAAGUGGCGAGAAGACUUUCCACCUCCCUCUGGUCACACCAAGAGUUCUGGGCCCAGGUGAAAAACUUGAUUUUCAUCUGCGUCAUCAUAAUUUGCUUCCUUCCCUAUCACCUCUUCAGGGCCUACUACAUACAGCAUGUGAAUGAUUUUGAGCAGUUAGAAAGCUACAAUGAAGUUUUUUUGAGUCUGACUGCCCUCAGCUGUCUGGACCUGCUGUCGUUCGUGCUGAGUGGAAGCCGCCUCUUCAAGCAAAAGGUGGGCGUGCUCCGCAGCAGGUUGUCUUGCUGCUAG